CAGGGAAGCCACAGGGCCCACCCCAUGGAGAGGUGCUGGGUGACGGAGGCAGCCAAUGGCUCGUGGGAUGGCUUGGAUUCCAACCCUAUGAAGGAUUACAUGGUCCUGAGCGGUCCCCAAAAGAUAGCUGUUGCAGUGCUGUGCACCCUUUUGGGCCUGCUAAGUGCCCUGGAGAACCUGGCUGUGCUCUACCUGAUCCUGUCCUCCCGCCGACUCUGCAGGAAGCCCUCAUACCUGUUCAUUGGCAGCCUGGCUGGAGCGGACUUCCUGGCCAGCGUGGUCUUUGCGUGCAGUUUUGUGAAUUUCCACGUCUUCCAUGGCGUGGAUUCCAAGGCUGUCUUCCUGCUGAAGAUUGGCAGUGUGACCAUGACCUUCACAGCCUCCGUGGGCAGCCUGCUGCUGACUGCCAUUGACCGCUACCUCUGUCUGCGCUACCCACCUGCAUACAAGGCUCUCCUCACCCAUGGGAGGGCACUGGUGGCCCUGGGCAUCAUGUGGGUCCUCUCGGCAUUUGUCUCCUAUCUGCCCCUCAUGGGAUGGACUUGCUGUCCCAGUCCCUGCUCUGAGCUCUUUCCAUUGAUCCCCAGUGAGUACCUACUGGGCUGGCUCCUGUUCAUCGCCUUUCUCUUCUCCGGUAUCAUCUGCACCUAUGGGCACGUCCUCUGGAAGGCCCAUCAGCACGUAGCCAGCUUGGCUGAGCACCAGGACAAGCAGGUGCCAGGAAUGGCCCGGAUGAGGCUGGAUGUGAAGUUGGCCAAGACCCUGGGGCUGGUGCUGGCUGUGCUUCUCAUGUGCUGGUUCCCAGUACUGGCCCUCAUGGUCUACAGCCUGGCUGCCACACUCAGCGACCAGGUCAAGAAGGCCUUCGCCUUCUGCUCCAUGCUGUGCCUUGUCAACUCCCUGGUCAACCCUGUCAUCUAUGCCCUGCGGAGUGGGGAGAUCCGCUCCUCUGCCCAUCACUGCCUGGCCCGCUGGAAGCGGUGCCUGAGAGGCCUUGGGAUUGAGGGCAAAGAAGAAGCCCCGAGGUCCUCGGUCACCGAGACAGAAGCUGAUGUGAAAAUCACCCCAUGGCCAGAUUCCAGAGAGUUGCACUACUCUGACUGCUGAUGAGGCCACUACCCCAGUUUUAAACAACUCAGCAAAAAUCAUUUC